GAGAAAUCCAACCACGGGUCUUACAGAAACAGAGUAGCCAAAUUUUAAUUUUCACAACUCCCAUUCCGACGCCAACUUGUUCCAAAAAUUUUGAUUAUUCUUAAAUCUUUACUUCCCAUCAAUUUCUUUCUUUCACUCGACUCAACGCCAACCCUAGCCAGCAAUUUACCUUACACCCGAAUGGGAUCGACCCACGAGCUUUAGAAUCCACGGCAGCUCCACAUAUAGCCACUUUCAGCUCAUUCCCACCUCAAUUAUGGCCGCUUUUUCCACUUCCCAUUACUUCACGGCCUUCACUUUCCUCCUCUUGUUCUUCACAACCGUAGCCUCCGACCCAAUUUCAUCCUUCUCUUUCACCGAUUUUGACAAGGAUCUGAAAUUUGAGUCCAAUGUUGCCCUUUUUGGCGGUUCCCAGGUCGUCAAUGGUGGUUCAGCGGUUGAGCUUUCUGGGUCUGAGAGCCGUGGGGGAGUCAUGUAUAAAAAACCCAUCAAGCUUAUGGAAGGUAAACCGAGGCAAUUAGUUUCUUUUUCCACUUAUUUUGCAUUUUCGAUCUUGUCGGUGGAUGGGGAUGGUGUGGCCUUUGUUAUGGUUCCGAGUGAUUCUCAAGAUGAUGUCUUUGACAAAAGUUCAUCUGGGAUUUCUUCUUCUGCAUUGAACAAAAGAAAAUCGACGGUCGUCGAUGUUAAAUUCACCGCAAAGUCUGGUGGUCGAAAUGGUGGCUCUGCUUAUUGUAAUGUGGCCAUUGAUGUGGGUGACUUAGCACCAGCAAAAACACGCAACACCUCCUCUGUGAGGAUGGCUCUAAGAAAUGGAGCAAAACUUCACACUUGGAUUGAUUACGAAGCAAGUUCACAACGCUUAGAAGUGAGGUUUGGUCAGUUUGGUCAUUCCAGGCCUUCGGAUCCAUUGAUUUGGUACUCAAUAGACUUUUCAAAGAUAUGGAAAAAGAGUGAAAUGUUUGUGGGGUUUAAUUCAGUGAAGGGGAAUAGCAGUUUUCAAUCCCAACCUUGUCUUCUCCUUUCAUGGAGCUUUAAUCAAAGGCCUUUUCCACACUGGAUGCACUCGGAGCCUCUGGAUCUGAAGGCUCUAACUAAACAUUCUGAAACUGUAACAGUCAAACCAAGGAGUGAUUGUGUUCUGAGAGUUCUUGCUGCAAUGAUAUUUGGUGGUGGAUGUGGAGCAUUGACUGCAUUUGUUGUGCUGUAUUUGUGGACCAUCUUCGGCAACCGGCGUCCGGUGGUGCCGGAGGAGUGUGUGAAGGAGCAGCCUGUAGAUUUCGAAUACAAGAAGGUGAGCAUAGUUGUAGAUAAAGCCAUCAAAGAUGGUAAGGAGUAGAUCUGGUUGGGAAGCAUUUGUGAUGUACAUUAUUGUUUCUUGCUAUUUUCAGGUUCUGGUAUUGUAUUGUAGUAUAUGUCAAAUUAUAUUCCACUUAUUGUUGUCUGUUUGCAGAUUGA